UAUGCUGCCUAAAAUCAUUCCACGGCCUUGGGCAGGGUUGCUGUGCGUUGGGUGACCUCUCCAAUCUUUCAGACCUAUCCCACACCCAACCUGGAAGAACAGAGUCACAGUACAGAAGUUUCUCAGUUGCCAUUUGUCUGGAAGUGCAGCUUGUUAACCUUGCUUUCCUCUUCUAUGUUCCUUCUCUUCUCUUUCCUCUUCCCCUUGUUCGUCAAUUUCUAUUCUUCUCUGUUUCAGCAAAACAAUAUCAGUCAAGGUAAUUGAUGAUGAGGAGUAUGAGAAAAACAAGACCUUCUUCCUUGAGAUUGGAGAGCCCCGCCUGGUGGAGAUGAGUGAGAAGAAAGGAAGAUCAUUACCAUUAGAAUAUUUGACCGUGAGGAAUAUGAGAAAGAGUGCAGUUUCUCCCUUGUGCUUGAGGAACCAAAAUGGAUAAGAAGAGGAAUGAAAGCCCUGUUAUUGAAUGAGCUUGGUGGCUUCACAAUAACAGGCCAACCUGUCUUCCGGAAAGUUCAUGCUAGAGAACAUCCGAUUCCCUCUACUGUAAUCACCAUUGCAGAGGAAUAUGAUGACAAGCAACCGCUGACCAGCAAAGAGGAAGAGGAGAGGCGCAUUGCCGAAAUGGGGCGCCCCAUUCUGGGAGAACACACCAAGCUGGAAGUGAUCAUUGAAGAAUCCUAUGAAUUCAAGAGUACCGUGGACAAACUUAUUAAGAAGACAAACUUAGCCCUUGUGGUUGGGACAAACAGCUGGAGAGAGCAGUUUAUUGAAGCCAUCACUGUCAGUGCUGGGGAAGACGACGAUGAUGACGAAUGUGGGGAGGAGAAGCUGCCCUCCUGUUUCGAUUACGUGAUGCAUUUUCUGACUGUGUUCUGGAAGGUCCUCUUCGCCUUCGUCCCCCCUACAGAAUACUGGAAUGGCUGGGCCUGUUUCAUUGUCUCCAUCCUCAUGAUCGGCAUACUGACAGCUUUCAUAGGAGACCUGGCUUCCCACUUCGGAUGCACCAUCGGCCUGAAAGAUUCUGUGACUGCAGUCGUGUUCGUCGCGCUCGGAACUUCGGUACCAGACACAUUUGCAAGCAAAGUGGCGGCCACCCAGGACCAGUAUGCAGACGCGUCCAUAGGCAACGUCACUGGCAGCAACGCGGUGAACGUCUUCUUGGGAAUCGGCGUGGCCUGGUCCAUCGCUGCCAUCUACCAUGCAGCCAAUGGGGAACAGUUCAAAGUGUCCCCUGGCACGCUAGCUUUCUCUGUCACUCUCUUCACCAUUUUUGCUUUCAUCAAUGUGGGGGUGCUGCUGUAUCGGCGGAGGCCAGAGAUCGGAGGUGAGCUGGGUGGGCCCCGGACUGCCAAGCUCCUCACAUCCUGCCUCUUCGUGCUCCUAUGGCUCUUGUACAUUUUCUUCUCCUCCCUGGAGGCCUACUGCCACAUAAAAGGCUUCUAAAGGAACAAUCAGAUAUAGUAAAUUUAUAUAUAUAUACGUAUAUAUAUACAUAAAAUAUUAUGUAUAAUGAACAGAGGAAACUGACAUUUGUCAUGUUCACUUACCUGCUGAUGGAAUCCAGCUUCAAGAGCAUACUCUGUACUAGGGCCGAAGUGAGAAACCAUCACCUCCCAUUCCCAGGGGCAUCGUCACACUGAACAAGGCAUGGAGACAGGGGCAUCUUUGCAGCUCAGCCUAGAAGGACUGUGUUCUCUCCAGGUUCAUAAAUCGUUAAGUCUUUGAUUCGUUUUCUGUUUCUGCUUGUUUGGGGUGGGGCUGGGAGGUGGCUGAUGUUUGACUUCUAUUUUGUGUUGUUUUGUUGGGAGGGUCAAAGUUUUUGUUUCUCUUCUGGGAGGUGAUGACCAAUCUAAAUGCAAAUGGGUUUUUGGUAAAAAUUUAAAUCAUUACAGUUGCUCUCUCCAAACACUUUAAAAAUUAUUUUGGAUUAAGAAGGGAUAUGGGCAUGGAAGAAACAGCAUGUCUUCACUAGAUUACUAAAUUUCAUGCUUUGUCUGGAAUAUGAGCAGAGAUUAAGCUGCCUCUGAGAAGAAGCAUGGGAGCUCGAAUGCAGCCGGGAAAAGUGAUGGUUCUAGAUACAGUCUGAUAUUUAGAGAUACGAUGCCUGGCACUCUUGUUCAACAGGUACAGGAAUGAUGUGCCUCGAUUCCCAAGAACGUGCAAAGUCAUUUAUUUCUUAUCUCUUUAGCUCUGGACUGUGAUUAGCAAGGCCCUUAUUCUGGUUUUCCAGCCUGGCUAACCCCCCCCCCAGAUCCCCAUCCCAAUCCUCCUCCCUCCUGACCACCACGUCUCAUGCAAACAGGAAUAACCCCAACUCAAAAAGCACAUCAUCCUUUUCCAUUUGCAUCAGUGUGUCCCAGUCCCAUGUUUGCUGUUGCCUGGGAUCAUCCGUCGGUUUUAUUUUCAAAAGCAUCCAUGGCUUGCACAAUCCUGUUCCAGUCAUGACUAAACAUUGGCUCCUUCUUCAUGUGCCUGGUUGGGAAUGUUGUCGUGAUACCUGUUACACAGUGCAUGGAUGAAAAACAAAAUAAGUGUAUCUGUAUAUAGUAGAGUAUAGCGUAUACUGUUCUCCCAUUCAGCAAUGUUGACUGGACAUUGAAGACAUAAGUGAGUUUCCUUUUCACCUGAGUUGUAACUUUUGUGUUGUUAUUGAGUUUGAUUUUACUAUAGGGGUAAAAGGAGAAAAUGGCUUAUUGUUCAUGGACCUGCAUGUUCAUUUUUAAGAAGCAAUAACAGUUCACUGGGAAGUUAAAGCUAUUGAGAGGACAGCAGGCAAACUACCAAGUAUCUUCAUGGAAAAUUAGCCAUGUGGAAUACACCAGAGGCCUCUAAACGGUCACCUGUUGAUGAUUCCGGAAGGCCAAGGAGAGAGGUGUAGAGCAGUGGCUGGAGUCGAUGUGCCCGGGCUUUGAGAGCCUCCAUUUCCAUGACACCCCUGCCUCCGAAGUAUUUAUUCACUUCUGCUCUGUCUGGCACAGAUGCUAGAUAGUGGUUUGUUCGUUUUAUUUUUUUAUGUAAAAGGCUAUUUUGAGCCCUGUUUCUUUCACCACCCAGACUCCUCUGAUUGUAUCUGCAGUUCCUGAGUAGGAAAGGAGCCAGGGAGACCAAUGGGCCUUUACAAGGGCAACUUCCGUACUUAGGACUGAGGAGUAAGCAAUUAAAUGAGAUUAGUGCCUCCCGGGAGGAUUGCGCUGGGAGGUUUUUCAGCCUGGAAAAGGAAUGGCUCUAUUUCAAAAUACCAAAGAGUGUGGAUAAACCCAACAUUCCAAAGUAGUGAAUCCAGUAAUGAGGAAAAAUGGAAUGACGUGGGUCCCAUCUCAGAGACUUCUCUAUCUAUAAAGAAUCCCAGGCCAGAGACACCACUGGCCCUCUGUAUUGAUUCAAAGAUACUUAAGAGAUAAAAGCUGUUCAGGGUUAUUUCCUCUUCUACUCAGUAAUCAUGAUCAUUCAUCAUUUAAUAAACAUUUGGUGACCGAGUGAGUAAUUAAAUGCUGGUUACUACUCAACAUGCCAGGUACUGUGCUACUCUUGGGGCCUAAACCAUGAACAAGAUAACUCAGAUCCCUGCCCUCAGGGGGCUCACAGCUAAUGUGAUUCCUGUUUCCAUGGGUAAAAGUUAGCACAGCCAUAUGGAAACAGUUUUAUCUUGCAAGGAAAAACCCAAUUACAAAACUCUUAACAUAAACACGUUGAAAUUGAACAAAUACAGUUGUCCAAAUAGCUAAGAUUUUAACUAAGAAGUAAAGCACAGGUUAGGGGAAGCAUCCUAUGUAUCCUCGGCUGAUCCCGCAAAUCUGUACGCCCCCCCAUUGUAAGCCAAGAAAGGCAAUCAUGUUGGCGAUCCAGAUGACUGAAAAGGUCCAGCUAACCCCAGUUUUUAUCCUUGUUGGUCAACAGUACUUUUCUAUGCCCCACACCUCUACAGUCCCUCCUAUCUCCAGGAGACUCACCCCCGCAGGCCAUGGCCCAAAGCUGUGGGUCUGAGUCUUUUAGGGAUAUAUUCCCCUUUUUUUUUUUUUUUUAAGAUUUACUAAAUGGAAAGCUAGCCUAGAAAACACCAAGUAAAUAUAGUCAAGGGAUGUGAGUUGUUUAAACGUUAGAUUUUGCACUCAAUUUUAGCCAUAUUUGGAACAUCAGUAAUCCCAUUGAAAAUUUUCACAGAGGACUUUCAGAAAUUCUUGCCAUUGAAUUUUAAUUUCAAAGCUUUUUGGUUUGUUUGCUUUUUCAAGUUUCAUGUUAUAGGGAAAAUAUGAUUCUGAUUGUUCAGAGUUGUUAAUAAUUGUAGUUGUGUAAAAUUAUUUCAUUUUGUUUAUUUUGUGUGUAUUGUGCACAGCUUUAGGGGGGAAGUGCACGAAUUGUGCUGUUCCUUAUAAAUGGUACACAUUAUGGACACAGACAAAUAAAGUUUCUGAUUGUUUCUGAUUUAAUCACUAGUGAUACAGCAAAAUCCGUAUGGAAUGUUUCCUCUCAUUGUCAUCUACUUCAUUUUUGUUUUCAUGUUUUGAAGAAAUAAAGACCAAAAAGGUA